AUGAGCUCUGUCCUCUAGUCAGAAGUCUUUAAUGAGAAAUCCGGGCGUGAGCAGCGAUGCCACGGGAAGAAAGGAGAACCCAUAUUUUGGGAGAGAUCCUUCAGUACCCAACCAACGUGCCUGAGUCACAACGGAGAAGAGAACGUGGUGGUGGUGGUGACAAGGCCAAAGCCCAGGUUUCUGUUUCCAGUGUAGGAGAAGAGAGGACGCUGCUCCUGGGCUUCAGCAUGAUGGCCUUCUCCAUCCUCAUGUACUUUGUGGUGGGGAUCGUUGUGGUAAAGCCGUGUAUUCACAAUGACUGGGGAGACGACACCAACUGCUCGCUGAUCCAGGCCGAGUUCCUAAACGAGUCUGAUGAACGAGGCAGCGAUUAUCCGUGUCUGCAGGUCUUGGUGAACGUCACAGCUGAAACAUCUGAAAAAACCUUGCAUCUGCGCUAUGAUGAAGCAGCUGUGAACCUGAGCCCAGAGUGUUUCUACACCCCGAAAAACCACCAAAACAAAUCUGACAUGAUGGAAGAGGCUCAGAAAAUCAAAGACACCCUCUGUAAACUGCGAGGCCAGGCUGUAAGGUGCUACCUGAGCGACUGGCGCUACCCGGAGGAUGCCAUCCUGACGAAGCGACACAACCUGCGUGUUGCGCUGCAGUGCCUAGUGUGGCCAAGCCUCAUGCUAUCCGGAGGAGCGCUGCUGGUCGGUCUGGUCAUGCUCACGCAGUACCUCGCUCAUAUGUGUAACGAAAUGAUUCAAGAAGAAGAAGGAAUGGAGGACAGGCAGAGCGCAGCGGGGCAGAGCAAACUCUACAAAUUUCUACCCUGCAGGCCUUGGAGUCCCAGCAUAGAGGAGGAAGACUAAGGCAACUAACCGAGCUCCAUGUGUACAAUACAAUGACACUGCAGUGCUUAAUGCUUGGACCUAGUGAUCAAAUCCCAGGACUGCCCCUUGAGUGGUUCUUAAGCAACACCCUUAAUCUUAAAUUGCUUACUACAUCAUCUUGAUUGGGCGAAAGCAUCUUAAAAAUGUUGGGCAGCAGAUUGUCAUUGGCGUCUCACAGCUCCAGGUUCUCGGGUUUGAUCCUGAGCACAAGCUACUCGUGAGGAGUUCCACAUGUCCUAUGCAGGUGGGUGGAUUGGUGACUCUAAAUUUCCCCGAGAUGUGAAUGUCUUAUCCAGGGUGUAUUCCCGCCUCACACCUGGUGUUGCCAGGAUAGCCAGUGCAGGGCUCCUAGUCGCAUAGACUAGUAGCAAGAUAGCAAGAACCAUCCAGCAGAGUCACACUAGCUAGAUUUUUACAAGGAUUUGGUAUUACUUUGGUCUCCAGCAAUGUGCCAGGAAAAGAUCAGACCUCCAUCCGUUGGGCAACUCCACAGGAGCGCCACAUAGUUGUGUUUGCAGCCCAGUGGUUUACAAGGCCAGGUGAAUAUGAGCACUGCUGCAGCUUUUGAAGGACACUGGUGACCUUAUUUUUGUUGCUGUGCUUGUGACAAAAAUGGUACCAUUAGCUCUGAAAUUAAAAUAGGACAUUUCUGUGAAAAAAGAAGAGCUAACAGAAACUGUUACUAUGAAGUCCUAUCUAUGCACUAUUAAGGGAUAACAUUU